AUGGUGAAAAAAUCAAACCAGGAGCUUGUCGACUCAGAUGAUGGGGAAGAGAUCGACAAGUUCGAUGAAGAUGAUGAAUAUAGAAAUGAGAUCGAUAAAGCCAGCAUUUAUGAACAAGGAGAAACCCGAGAUUUUCUGCAGUUCUUGAGGAAAAUCAAAUACGAUCAUCGACAAUGUCCAGAUGACGAAAACGGAGGUCCAGUCUCCGUGAACGUAUCGGUUGUUGUUAGCAAUGUUCGAUCAGUGUCUGAAGUCACAAUGGAUUAUUCCAUCGAAAUGUUCUACAGAGAAGCAUGGAGAGAUCCGAGACUCAAGUACAGCAAAGCAAAGUUCAAGAAUAAGACAGAAAUUUCCUUACACGAAAGCUAUUCAAAUUUUCUCUGGCAUCCUGAUACCUUUGUGCCGAACGCGAUUGCGUCGAAGAAUCCACGAAAGCAGAGCAUUACACAUCGUUCACUACUGAGAUUACGAAAUGAUGGUAGCAUUCUCUACAGUCGUCGUGUGUCAUUAGUGGUUACUUGCGGAAUGGAUCUCACAUUGUUUCCAUUCGACUCGCAAUUGUGCAAGCUGGGCAUCGAAAGUUGCGACUACUCUCGCUUGUACGUUUGCUUCGUUUUCUCCCGCUCAGCUGGCUUCUGCUUCCUACAACUGAUCAUUCCUUCCACCGCUGUCGUGAUUACUUCUUGGGUGUCACUCUGGAUGGAGAACGAGACAUCUUUUCAGGACAUGAUUUCAAUAAUUCUAACCAUAACGUUUUUACUGUUUUCUUAUAACGAAGUUAUGCCACGAGUUAGUUAUAUCAAAGCUAUGGACGUCUAUCUUGGAGUCUGCUUCUGCAUAGUAUUUUUUUCACUGAUAAAGCUAGCCAUCGUGAAAUACAUGCGACAGCGACUGCGGCUGACACGAGACACUUCCAUUGUGGCCGGCCUUGUUCCCAUGAUUCGUGUUUCGAAUGGUUUAACCGAUACGGGCACAUCAACGUUUGCCAUUGAACAUCAUUGUUUGAGAAAAACGUUUCUGUUUCAGAUGUCAUUCUUCUUUGGAUUCGUACUCUUCUGCUUGUUCUAUUUUCUUGUUUAUCCUAAUAUUCACACACAGGUAUAUAUUUUGGUGUAA